UCGCAGGUUUUUUGGGAGCGACCGACCGGGGCCGAUUGACUCGCAAGGCGACAGAUGAGUGGUACGAGUGACAGCAACAGGGUAUGGUACAAAAUGUCACGGACGCUCUCGGCUCCGAGCGAAGGGAAGCGCCACUAGUACACCGCAACGCGGAAAAUAUUCAGCGAGGAGAGAAUGCGAAUGAUCGGAGGAGGUCGGAAUCACACCAGACGGGGAGAAUGUAGCAUCGCUGCGGCGCGGCAUACAGCUAGAACCGACGUUAGGAUAGAGAACAGAUAGCUAGGGAACUAGCGAGUUAACUACCACACAUAUACAUGCAAAGUUACUCAUCGGGGGAUAAUCUUAAAGGGAGUCUCUAAGGUGGCUGUCAAGACAGAGUUCGCCGGUAACCAGCGGUCAAAGAAGAUUAAAAAAAAAGAAAGAAAAGAGAAGAUGCUACGGAGAAGCUUGAACCGUUUGCUUGGUGGCGAUGAGAGAAGAGUUGACAGCAGGACUAUCUACGUUGGCCACCAGCCUUGUCCAGUCACUGAGGCUUUCAUUCCACCUAAGUUCUGUGAUAACAGGAUAGUGUCCUCUAAGUACACAGUGUGGAACUUUCUGCCAAAGAACCUGUUUGAGCAGUUUAGAAGAAUUGCCAACUUCUACUUCCUUAUCAUCUUCCUGGUGCAGGUGAUAGUGGACACCCCCACCAGCCCAGUCACCAGUGGCCUACCCUUAUUUUUUGUCAUCACAGUAACUGCAAUCAAGCAGGGCUACGAGGACUGGCUUCGACACAAGGCAGACAACGAGGUGAAUAAAUACCUGGUGACAGUGCUUGAGGAUAGUCGGAGAAUACGGAAGGAGAGCGAGAAGAUCAAGGUCGGAGAUGUGGUGGAAGUGCAGGAGGAUGAGACAUUUCCCUGUGACCUGAUCCUGCUGCAGUCGAGCCGGGAUGACGACACCUGCUUCGUGACCACGGCCAGUCUGGAUGGAGAGUCCAAUCAUAAGACACACUACACAGUGCCAGACACAGAGAAGGAUCUGGAAUCCCUCAAUGCCACCAUCGAGUGUGAGCAGCCCCAGCCCGACCUUUACAAGUUUGUCGGGCGCAUGCAUAUAUAUAAGAAUGAUCAGGAGCCUGCGGUGAGGUCUUUGGGUCCAGAGAAUCUACUCCUAAAAGGGGCUACUUUGAAGAACACUCAAAAGAUCUUUGGUGUUGCAGUUUACACUGGCAUGGAGACCAAGAUGGCUCUCAACUACCAGGGCAAGUCACAAAAACGCUCUGCAGUGGAGAAGUCUAUCAAUGCCUUCCUGCUUGUUUACCUUUGUAUCCUUGUAAGCAAGGCCCUAGUUUGCACCACACUCAAGUAUGUUUGGCAGAGUAAGCCUGGGCAGGACGAGCCAUGGUACAACCAGAAGACCCAGAGGGAGAAGGACACCAACCUGUACUUGAAGAUGUUCACUGACUUCCUGUCCUUCAUGGUGCUCUUCAACUUCAUCAUCCCCGUGUCCAUGUACGUGACAGUGGAGAUGCAGAAGUUUUUGGGCUCCUUUUUCAUCACCUGGGACAAGGACUUUUUUGACCCCGAGAUCCAAGAAGGGGCGCUGGUCAAUACCUCAGACCUCAAUGAGGAGCUGGGACAGGUGGAGUAUGUCUUUACAGACAAGACAGGCACACUUACCCAGAACAACAUGGAGUUUAUCGAGUGCUGCAUUGAUGGCUUUCAGUACAAAUACCGGGACGCAGGGUCAGAGUUGGAUGGGUUCUGUGUCACAGAUGGGCCUGUGAGCAAGCUGCAACAGAAAGCUGGCAGGGAGAGAGAGGAGCUGUUUCUGCGAGCCCUGUGUCUCUGCCACACAGUACAGGUAAAGGAAUCUGCAAACCAGGGUCAGGGCCAAGGUGAGGGGCUGAUAGACCAGGUGGAUGGCAAUGGGCUGGAUGGAGAGCUGGUUCACUCUGAGGAGCAGAGGGGCUUCAUAGCCUCCUCACCUGAUGAAGAGGCUCUUGUCAAAGGUGCCAUGAGGUAUGGUUUCAUGUUCUUGGGUCUAGAAAGCAAGAAUAUGAAAAUAAUGAACAGGAACAAUGAUGUUGAAGUGUACGAGCUGCUUCAUGUGUUGAACUUUGACCCAGUCCGAAGGCGAAUGAGUGUAAUAGUCAGAUCCACAUCAGGUGAUACGCUGCUCUUCUGUAAGGGGGCCGACUCCUCCAUCUUUCCCCGUGUCAGGCAGGAGGAAGUGGACAGGAUACGCAUGCAUGUGGAGCGCAAUGCCACAGAUGGCUACCGCACACUGUGUGUAGCCUACAAGCUGCUCAGUGCAGAGGAGUAUGUCCUGGUAGAUGCAGAACUGAAAGAAGCCAGGCUGGCCUUGCAAGACAGAGAGGAGAAGCUGAUGUCUGUGUACAACCAAGUUGAGACUGGCAUGAGUCUCAUAGGUGCUACCGCGGUGGAAGAUAGGCUUCAGGAGGAGGCUGCAGCAACCAUGGAGGCUCUGCAGGGUGCAGGUAUGAAGGUUUGGGUGCUAACAGGAGACAAAAUGGAGACAGCCAAGUCCACCUGCUAUGCCUGUAGACUGUUUCAGAGGAACACAGAGCUACUGGAGCUGACAUUGCGCACCCUGGAGGAUGGAGGGAGAAAGCGGGAGGAGCGACUGCACGAGCUUUUGCUGGAUUACCAUAAAAAAGCUGUGCAAGAUGCACCGCCAGUCAAAGCAGGUGUCACCAGGAGCUGGUCCACAGGCAACCAUGACUACGGUUUCAUCAUAGAUGGAGCCACUUUGUCUAUGUUCCUCAACUCUUCUUCUGAUUCGAACUCCAGCCGCUAUAAGAGCCUGUUCCUGCAGAUCUGUCAGAACUGCACGGCUGUGCUAUGUUGCCGAAUGGCACCUUUGCAAAAAGCACAGAUAGUGAAAAUGGUGAAGAACUCCAAAGGCAGCCCCAUAACCCUUUCUAUUGGAGAUGGCGCCAAUGACGUCAGCAUGAUUUUGGAGGCUCAUGUUGGCAUCGGUAUUAAGGGCAAAGAGGGCCGGCAGGCGGUGAGGAACAGUGACUAUGCCAUCCCCAAACUCAAGCACCUCAAGAAGCUUUUACUGGCACAUGGACAUCUCUAUUAUGUUCGCAUUGCCCACCUGGUGCAAUACUUUUUUUACAAGAAUCUUUGCUUCAUCUUACCUCAGUUCUUGUAUCAGUUCUUCUGUGGUUAUUCUCAGCAACCCCUGUACGAUGCAGCCUAUCUGACGAUGUACAACAUCUGCUUCACCUCUAUGCCCAUCCUGGCCUACAGUCUCUUGGAACAGCACAUCUGCGUUGAGAUUCUGCUGGACAAUGCUACCCUCUACAGGGAGAUUGCCAAGAAUGCAAUGUUACGCUGGGGUCCCUUCCUGUACUGGUCUUUACUGGGGAUAUUCCAUGGCCUGCUCUUUUUCUUUGGUGUACGCUAUCUGUUCAGUAACCCAUCCCUGCAGGAUAAUGGCCAGGUAUUUGGAAAUUGGUCAUAUGGAACAAUAGUUUUCACCGUGCUUGUCUUCACCGUCACACUGAAGCUCGCUCUGGACACGAGACAUUGGACCUGGAUCAACCACUUUGUCAUAUGGGGCUCCCUCGCCUUCUACGUGUUUUUCAGCUUCUUCUGGGGGGGGAUCAUAUGGCCCUUCUUGAGACAGCAGCGGUUGUACUUUGUGUUUGCCAACAUGCUGAGCUCGGUGUCUGCCUGGCUGGUCAUCAUCUUGCUCAUCCUGCUCAGCUUGCUGCCUGACAUACUGUUAGUGGUGCUUCGCAAACCCCGCGGCCCACAUGCACGACAGAUUGCGGCUGUCACACCACUGUCCUACAAGCACCUGAAGGAGCGCGAGUAAACAUGGAGAACGGGGGGGGGAAUAAAGAAUGCCAACAUCAAUGUUACCCUCCGCCUCUUUCAGGAAGCCCACACCAGUUGGGCACAGAGCUUCCUGAUAUGUUGACACCAUCUGGAAAGGAAACGAAACAAAAAGGAAAAUACAAAUGGGAGGGAGAGACAGAGAGCGGGGGGGGGGAGAAAUGGGGGUGUAGCUGGCACUGUGUCUUCCUGUUCCAUCCUUUAACUGUUCCCUCCCCAGCAUGCCUGCAGAACAGUGUCCCACAUUGCUGGUCCAUGCAGCAGGGGCCUCUUUGAACCACUUUUAAAGAAAGACAAAAAAACUACUCAGAUGAUGGGCAUGAUUUUCUGCAGUUUGUUUUUUUUUUUGUUUUACUUUCUUUUCCCUCUGUUUUUUGUUUUUUUAUAAAUGCUAGCUUAAAUGAAUGCAUACAUGGCUGCCUUUUCAGUAGCUCUACCAGCUGCUGUGUUUGAACACGCUGUUGAAUCUCCACUGUCCCAGAAUGGUUCACCUGCAUGAAAGGAGGCUCAAAUGAAUGUCACAUUCCACCAUUGUUCUUGCCAUUGUGUUCGACCAGGUUUUAUUGUUUUUGUUUUUUGUUUUUUUAAAUUGGAGAUGGAGAUCCUCCCUCAUUCUUGAUGGUUAUUACACUUCCAAAGGUUAUUUCACUCCAAACGGUCACUCCAUUUUUCAAUGGUUAUGCCAGUGUUCUUUGUUUUUAUGAUGAAAGGUUUCUGUACAUGAUGAUAGCACAGCUCAGAGCAGCAAAUUACUCAGUCUGCUCUUUUCUGGCAUGAUGUUGUUACUCUGUUAUGAUAAAUAUGUUUUUAUAAUGGAAGUCAAGUGCAUCGAUUACUGUAGCGGAGAUAGAUGACUAAACCCCCUUGCCCACACACACACACACACUCCCUGCCUCACACUCCUACAUACCCUCCUUCCCAAAAUGAAAACUAGUGUGUGUGAAUCUUAUUCAUUUGCUGGCAAUGAAACGUGUCUGCCUGUAUUUCUACCUUAGGUGAUGUUCUCUGGUACUUGGAGCAUGACCUAAAUCUUCAGUCCUCAGCGAUAAUUUGAGAUCCUAAUUAAGAUGAGAAAAUUAUAUAUAUAUAUAUAUAUAAACAUAUAUAUGAACUGUACUGUAUAUACCAGAGAUAUACUAUAUCCAAUGCUCGAUGCCAAAAAAGAUAAUUGUAAUGCCCAAUAUUGUCCAAAUAAGCGUGAGUUUAAAGUAACUAGUUUGUGUGUAUGUGCGAGUGUGUUAUCUAAGUGUGCACAACUGACACAGGAUGACCUGUGUGUGGUGAACGUCAGGAUUACUUGAGCCAUGUAGAAGUAGUGGGGUUGCCAGUACCUGUACUGUAGGAUGGCUGCUGCUCCUCCUCCUCUGAAAUAGAUGGCCGGAGACAUGCAUUGAUGUAUGCCUGAGCACAGACACAAAUCACAUAGAUAGGAACAAUACACUAAACAACCACACGCACACCUUAAACACAAAUAAAUGCACAUAUGCACUAAAGCCUAAAUGAGGUAUUUCUGUCCCAUGACCCAUUAGCUGUCUAGUUUGCAUUGUCCGUCUCAGGUGGGCUGAGGUCAAAGAGUCAAGAAACCCUCUCCAGACCGUCUCCACCAGAUCAUCAUAGUUGAUGCCACUGUGAGGCUGUCCUUUCCCACCCAUUCCCAUUGUGUUUGAAUCAUCUGAUUUGAUAGACAGGUGGCAAACUAGGUGCAGUGAGUGGACAGCCUUGCCUUUUUCUGUCCCCUCCUCAUAACUUGUAGUGUGUACCGCUUCAUACAUUCCAUUUCUACAUGUCUUGAUUUGAAUCACUUUUAAAUAUUGAAGGAUUACUUCUUUUUCUUUUUUCAAACGUAAUAUCUAUUUGGCAUAUUUAUUGUUAAGUGUAUUUUUGCUCACAAAUGUUAUAUUUUUACUACAUGAAUCUUCUUUUUUUUUUAUCGUGGACAAUGAUCAGUUUUAUGCCAGUUGAGUUUGCCCGUGUUCCUCCAGCCCAGAUGUGAGCCCAGGCCAGUCCUGUGUGAUUGUCUUUAUCUGUCAUACAUGCAACAGUGGGCAGCCCCUCUGCUUCAAUCCGGACCACUUCCCAUUCCUGUUAGCCUUCUUCCACUGGAAGAUGCAAUUUUGGCCCGUUUGCAGGGUGUGACAUUUUGUGUCGGGGGGGGGGGGGGUGUCGCCAGUCUACCUCUGUUGAGGCUUGCAGCGAAACUAACAGUCAUCCCUGCCAAUCACUGCAUCUACACGUUUGGAUUUCAGUUUAAACCAUGACGCUGUCUGAAGACAUCUUCACUGUAACCUGAUCCGUGUCAUGAUGCUGAUCAUCUGUGGCUUGACACGCAAGGCCAUAAUUGCGAACGGAGGUUUUAACAUGAAUUUGACAUUUGUGUUCCUGUGAGGUUCAAAAUUCCUGUUUUGGCAUAUGUUUUUACUGAAAACCACUUUUAUGUUCUGAAAUGCCAUUAGGGCUAGAUUAAAACUGGGUGCUUGGAGAGGGAUUAUUCUGUGCUCAGCUCUGCAGGACAAGCAUGCAACCUCCAGACUGCACCUUGCCAGGGGUAGGGACAGGACACAUGGAGAGGGGCUGCUUGCUGUUGAAAUGGAGAGAAAAAAAAAACCUUUAACUGAUUGGAGUUGCUAUUUUGAAAGCUUAAAAAAACUUGGAUAAUAAUGUUUUGCCUGUCUAAAUGUCUAAAUAUGAAACAAUGGAUUGUAUUUUUAAUGCAACCUUUUCCAGCAAAUUUUGUAAAAAAAAAUUUAAAAAAAAGGAAAUAAAAAAAAGAAACAUCCAGGGGGCAAAAAAAAAGAAAGAAAGAAAAAAGAACAAGAAGCCCUGUGGUGGAGGAGAUUGUCCCUCUCUGUGAGGGGAUAAAAUGAGUUCAGGGUAUGGAUUUCCUCACCUCUCCUCCAUGCAGCCCCCCCCCCCCCCCAGGCCCUCCAGGUCUCCAGCCUCAGCACUCUGAACCUUCAAGCUGAAUGUACCUCUUCAAGACCAGUAUGUUCAAAACGUAAGACAUUUUUCUGUAAUAAAGCAGAUUGUUUUGAAGAUAAAGAGAAA